AUGGUGCGCAAGAAACCCAAGUUGCGAUUUGAGCGUUUCGUUCAACCAUCCUUCACGUCGACACCAGCUGUCCAGCAAAUACGGGAAUAUGCAUUCACUGAUGGGCGUACUACUCUACAAACAGCUUAUCUUUCACUCGAGGCCACACUCGAGAGUGAGCCGUCUUCCAGUGGUUCACUAUGUGUACCGCAUACCAUUCAGGACCAGCCAAACUAUGAUGAUUGGGACGAAGUUCCUCCAUGUUAUGAUCCUCCAGACAUUCUUCCAGAUAAGCGCAAAGAGCAUCCCGCAGAUAAUCCACUCCUGGUCUGGCUCCCCCAACGUCAAUCCUUCCUUGAUGAAACCAUCUUCUUGGAGGGCCGUGGUCAUGAAGCCCAGCGAACGCACUGCCGCUGUGGCAAUGAUGAACCCAAGUACCGCUGUAGGGACUGCUUUGGGAUGGAGAUGUCCUGUCAGUAUUGUGUUGUCAACCAACAUCGAUGCAGCCCGUUGCAUAUCAUUGAGGAGUGGAACGGUUCAUUUUUUCAACGUGUCAAACUCAAGACCCUCGGUUUGCGCGUACAACUGGGCCAUACUCCCAGUGACCGCUGUUACAACCCACAUCCCUCAAAGGGGGAUGAUUUUGUCGUCAUCGACAAUAACGGAAUCCAUGAAAUUGGAUUAGAUUUUUGUGGCUGCGAGACUGCACAAGUCCGCUACAAACAGUUAUUACGAGCGCGAUGGUAUCCAGCAACUACGACAGACCCACAAACAGGUGCUACAUUCAACGUGCUCGAACACUUCCACCUUCUCUCAUACAAGUCUAAAAUUUCUGCCUACGAAUUUUUCCAUGGUUUAGCCAGGCGCACUGACAAUAGUGGAUUGUCACCCAUCAGGGAUCAUUAUUCUGCAAUUAUGUGGAUUGUCCACGAAUGGCGGCACCUUCGACAACUCAGGCGCGGUGGGCGAGGUCACGACCCUGGUGGCAUUGCAGAAAAAAAAGCUGGCGAGCUUGCGGUGAUGUGCCCGGUGUGCCCACAUCCAGGUAAAAACUUACCCAGUGGUUGGGAGAAUUCGCCCCCAGGAACGAGAUGGUUGUACGCCCUUUUCAUCGCUAUAGAUGCGAAUUUCUGUCUCAAACGGAAGGCUGUCUCCUCCGACAAAAUGGAUCCGGGCUUCAACGCGGGAUGGGCCUACUUUGUUGAGGAGAAAGCAUACAAGGCCUAUUUAUCGGAGCGAGCUAACAAAAGACAAGAUUGCAGCACAUGUGUCAGCCAUAACGCUGUCAACAUGGCUGAUACCAAAUCCUCACGAGGCCUGGCAGCAACCGGCAUAGGAACUGUCGACUGCGCUCGACAUGAAUUCAAGUUGCUGAACGGGGUAGGCGAUCUUCAGAAGGGCGAAAGGUACCUGAAUAUGGAUUACCUUGUAUUCUCAACGCUGGUCGGGUUCACCGUGACCAUGCUGAAUAUUUUGUACGAUAUCACAUGUCAGUGGUCCAAAAAGCUGUGGAACAGAAUGGAUUGCAUGCCGACUCGCCUUCAUAUACCACAUGACAACAUCUUUGUUCGGUACUUUGUGCCAAAAUUUCACAUUGCAGCCCAUGUCGCAGCCUGUCAGGUCAAUUUCUCGUGGAACCUCACUAAGUGGGUGGGUAGGACAGACGGGGAGGCGCCAGAACGAGGUUGGGCAAACACCAAUCACAUUGCAUCGAGCACGAAGGAGAUGGGGCCAGGAACACAACGUGAUACAUUGGAUGAUCACUUUGGCGAUUGGAAUUGGAAGAAGACAAUGACGCUCGGUUGUACAUUGAAGCGCAAGAUGGAAGAGGCCAUAAAAUGGGAGCGGGAACAUCGUGCUGUGUUGUACGACCUGGAAGCAACUGUUCGGCCUACACUGCUGGAAGAAUGGGGGUUAGAAGUUCAGCUAUGGGAGGAGGACAACGCUCAUCCAAACCCUUUCGAGAGUAAGGUAGCUCCUAUCACGCAGACUGCGGUAAGGUCGCAGCUCGCAGAAUUGGAAGCAAAAGAGUUGCAGGAAGGGAUCAAUCACUCACUCGACGUCGAUGUCUCGCCCAGUGUGCUUGUCAGCGGUGGUAUUGAAUUAGAAGACAUGCAACAACGGCUCAAACACGACAUUGCAAACCUCUCACUUCAUCCCACAGACAAACAACGAGAGGCCAUUGUUCACAGGACUAAUGCGUUACAGAGACGUAUUGAUUCUUGGACGCAUUAUCAACAACUUUACAUGCCCAUCGUCUCAACGCUACGUUCAUCAGCUGACACAAGUUCGAGUGCAGCACUCAAGCCUCAAGACUUCCCACUAUAUCUUCCAUCGGCUCUCAGCUAUUUCAACCAGUGCCAUCGCCGUUUGAUGGAGUACGAGUGGGAACUUCGGUGGGCACAAGCUCAUGAUGCGCUCCACGAACUCCGCUCCCAUCUUCGUCUACGCUCACACAUGUACAAAUUCAAGGACAAGCACUUACGUGGCCAAGCAGCAUCCACCCAUGCCCAGAAUUUGAUUGCAAGUGUCGAGGCAAAGAAAGAUGCAGCAGCGGACAAAUACAAACGCGCACGCCAAGCACUGGAGUUGCUAAGCUCUCGUGUGGAUAAGGUCGCCUGGGAGGAAAAACUUCGACCUCUCAGACACGAGGAUGUUCGACCCAUGGGUGAUUUUGCAGGUGGCCGUACUCAGGGUACCGGAACAAUAUCAUGGAUCUGGCUGGUAUCAGAUGGAGAUACUACUGGUCACUCUGAGAACGAGCGUGUUCAAGACUGCGUCCGCAUAGAGUGGUGUAAGACACGCGCUCGUGCAGCUCGAUGGUCUGAGGAAGUGGAGUUACUAGCCGAAGAAAUGCGACAAGUGCUUGCCUUUCUGGAGUGGCAAGGCCACUGGUGGCAUGAGCAUGCUGUUCUGUGCCCAUCGGAGAAGAUCACUGAGCAAGAGGGUUUGCGCGCGUAUGCGUACCGUCAAGCUGCCCUCCGUUUUGCGAUGUGGAACUCAUUCCAAGCUCGUUGGAGCUUCGUUCCUCAACUCGCCGUGGUUUCGGAGUCAGUGGAUGUUUGUAACGAUGACAGUGGUCCUUCGAUCGAUGCGCCUCCUAUGGUCAUGGACUUUGAAGAGUAG